CUUCUUUUUCUGAUUGGCUCGAGAAACUGGAUUCACGGAUGUUGUGUUCAUGACGAGAACAUAACGGAAAUCACCUUCCAAAACACCAUUAUUUCGUCAGGCUAUACAGAAAGUAGCGGUCGGAUUUGUUUGAAGUACUUUAUAGUUUGUCAGGAUGUGUAAAGUAAUCUCGAGUACAAUUUUAGUACUGUUCAACAUCCCACUUGUGAUUAUUGGUUUAGGACUUGUGGUUUUUGGUGCUUUAAUACGAUGGAAUGAAAAACUUUUGGUUGAACGAAUUACUCCUACGAUUAUCGAAGAGAUAGAUGAUGAGAAUGCACGUGAAGCUGCUCAAAAAUUAGUAGAAGAAAGAAUAACGUUAUUUGCUUCUUAUGGUUUGGCAAUUUUCUUGUUCGGUCUCUUCAUUUGCGUAUUGUCGCUCUGUGGAAUAUGUGGAGUAUGCUGCAAGAGUAAAAUCUUACUUGGAUUAUAUGCAGCAUUUCUUCUAGUCAUAUUUUUGGCGCUGCUUGUGUUCACUAUUGUAUUUGGAACACGUAAACACUGGUUCCGUGAUGAGCUGGGUAUAAGUUAUAGAAGAUCAAUUACUAGUGAUUAUCAUAUGGACAAUAAUUUUCCACCAAACACCGGUUUUACUGUAUUUGUUAAUGAAAUUCAACGAAAGCAUAAAUGCUGUGGUUCUUUUGACUAUCGUGACUUCCAAGAUAAUGAAUCAUUCAAACGACAAAAUUAUAAGAUUCCAGCCUCUUGUUGUAAAGAUAUAAAAGACAAAGAAUGCUGGGAACGUCCAACAACACAGAAUAGUUAUAAAGACACUGGUUGUUUCGAGUUUCUAUGGUCAGCGGCACAAUCAAGCUAUCGAAUUAUUCUUUAUAUCUUGAUUGGUCUGUUAUUACUUACGGUUAGUUAAUUAACUUAUUUUUUAAUUCAGCAUCUAAUUCAUAGGAACUAUAUACGACAUGGUGCCUUCAUUAAUUUAACCAAGGCCAAAACACUACGAAUAAUGAAACGAAUCCAUUCUAUUUCAAGGCUUCUAAUCAGUUGCAAACAGCUUGAAGUUACAAAGAACAAUGUAAUUAGAAACAACGGUAUGAUCCAUUUUAGUUGGUCAACUUCAUACUGAUAUCUGAAACGAAUCUGCAAGUCACAAAGAUCAACAUUGAAUACAAGAUUCAGUACUGCAGUAAAUUAAAAGUAUCACAUAAUAUACGUCAAAAAUAAGAUAAACAACUGGCAAUGUAAAUUGGAGUUAACUAUCGAUAAUUAUGAUAAAAUAUUAUCAAAGACUAGACAAUAAUUAUAGUUUACAUUCGCGGUUAUCUCUAUCUACCUGCUGACACGAUAUUCAAGGGAGAAAAUGCAAUUGUUGUAGAGAAAACAAACAAUUUCACCAUUUUAUUUGCCUUAUAUCUCUGUCUCACCUAAUAUCCCAGUUGAAUUUAUCUUCAGCACGUAUACCCUAUUUAUUUAACGUAUUAUAUACAAAUACCUAGGAUCACCAUAUAAAUUAUAAAAUGCGAAACUGUCAAUUUAUAAAUAUUUGAUUAUGGUUACACAUUUUUGUCAUCAGUGUACUUCGUACUGAUCGGUUAAACACACAUCCACCAGAGUUAAAUUAACGCCAAGGAAAAGUUUCGAUUUAGGAAAAACAAAAACAAAACAAAAGAAAACUGUAAAAAGUGAACAGUUUAGAAAAGGUAUCCUGUAAAAUUCGAUUUCACUCGUCUUUUCUUCUUAUUUAAGACGCUUAACCCAUCUUGAAAGUGUUACAAAUAAACAUUUUAAAAGCGAAUAACGUUUAAUUUAGAAAAAGUCACUAGAAAAAAACCUCUUAUCUAACUUCAUUUUAUUGUUAUGCGGACAUUUAUUAUUAGUCACCUGACAUGUGUUAUUCUACUUGCUUUCUCAUUAUAUACAUAUCAAUAUAAACAUUAAUUCUAUAUUAUUCAAAUUAUAUUAGCGCCUAACCAAUAGAUACUGCACAUGGCUUAAUAAUAUGCAAGUUCUAUCGUACAUACUUUUUCAUAUGCUCUAUGUACAUUGUAGUAUAUAUAUAUAUGCUUAUCAUUCUGCUAACAUAUUCACCCAUUAAAUAUACUUCAUGUUUAUACCCCAUCCAUGUUUUUACUGAUUAUUAACCAUAUUUUUUAAGAAUUUUUAUUGUUAAUAUUAAUAUGCAAAUUAGUUAGAAAUGAAAGUGAACAACAUUUCAUAUUAAAGUUAAUUAAUAGUCA